UUUUUUUAAAAUAUUGUUUUGUGGGGUUUUUUUGGGGGCGGAAAAAGUCGUGCCAAAGAUUUUCUUCGUGAAGAAGAUCUCUCUCUCUCCUGAAGACAAUCUCUGGUCAAAUCAAAACAAUCAAUCACAUCAUCCGAUGGAUCGAAAGAGCGGUGACAUCGAAGUAGAAGAUGUCUACGAUUUGGCCGCAGAAAUAGGCGAUCAGUUUCAGAAAGUGAUCGACAAUUGCGGUUCGGAUUCAAUCAAACAUUUGAUGCCGAAAGUGAUCCGCGUUUUAGAACACUUGGAAAUGAUGGCCAUUGUUAAGGAAGACUACGAUAGCAAACUGGAUCAGCUCAAGCAUUCAAUCUUUGAAUUGGAAAACGACAAACGUGUCAAAGCUGUCAGUUUGAAUAAAUAUGAAUUAGAAAUGGAAUCGAUUGAAGAAAACUGGAGGAAAGAAAAUCUUCAUUUGACACAAUGUGUCAGUCAAUUGAGACAACAGAAUCUAAAACUAAGCAAUCGAUUGAUUGAUAGCCAACAGACACUAUCGCAGUCACUGACAGAUCUGCAAAAGAGAGGACAACAAGAGAUUGAUCUGGAGAUUGUGUCGUUGAAAGAGUCGAUCAAAAGAAGUGAAUCUAAAGUGGAUGCCAUUACUAAAGAAAUGGACGAAAAGAAUGAAGAGAUUGAAAAACUUACCGAACAAAUUGAAGAAGUAAUGCAACAGAAUCGCGAUUUAAGACGACGAAUGAAACACAAUAAAUACCAAUUGUUACAUAUGAACGAAGCCAAAGCUGAUCCCAAUUACAAAGACCUGAUAGGACUGUCUGAGCACAUAUUGGUCACAAACAGUGAUGAUUGCGAUCUAUUCAAUGAUCACAAACCGUUUACAUUGAAUGAACUGAGAAAUAUUAUUCUUGAGGUAAACUAUUUAAGAAAACAUUCCAAAGAAUUGGAGGAAGAGAUCAAAGUAUUUAAGAAACCCAUUGAGAUUAAGCCACUGAUCGAUGAGAUCAAUGAUAUCGACAACAAUACUUGUAAUGAUGUUAAUAGUGGUAAUAGUGAUAGUCUUAACAGUAAUCUAUCGGAUGAUUUGCCAGUCGAGGGACCCAUUAAUAGAGAGCCAGAGGACAAACUAUAUCCGAGGAGAAGAUCAUCGCAAAACAGAAUUCUUCGUUUCUUUCCGACCAUCAAUUGGAACCGACUAAAGAAAUCUGCAAAUUGAUACUACAAUUGAUAGUGAUUUUGACACAAAUGUUUUGCACAAUUACUAUAUAUAAGUUUAUACUAUUAUUUA